AUGCUGUGCAGCAUGGUACCCUGGCUGCUUUGCCUCCGUGGCAGGACCGCCCCAUACUCCUCGGCAGCUGCACUCCCAGGCCCCAUCCUGAACCCAAACAUCUGCUACAACCAGCUGUUCAUUGAUGAGUGGCAAGAUGCAGUCAGCAAGAAGAACUUCAUAACAGUCAACCCUACCACGGGGGAGGUCAUUGGGCACGUUGUUGAAGGGGACCAGGCUGAUGUGGACCGGGCUGUGAAAGUAGCCCAUGAGCUACCGGGGUCUCCAUGGCGGCAGAUGGACGCCUCUGAGCAGGGCCAGCUGUUGAACCUCCUGGCUGACCUAGUGGAGCAGGAUCGUGUCUUAGACCUGGAUGAGGUCAUCAGGGUGUACCGGUACUUUGCUGGCUAGGCUGACAAGUGGCACAGCAAGACCAUCCCCAUGGACAGCGAGCACUUCUGCUUCACAUGGCAUGAGCCCAUCAGAGUCUGUCGCCAGACAAUCCCGAGGAACUUUCCCUUGGUCAUGCAAGGCUGGAAGCUCGCCCCAACGCUCACCACGAGCAAUGCUGUGGUCGUGACGGUCACAGAGUAGACCCCCCUUUCUGCCCUCCUGGCCUUCCUCAUCAAGGAGGCAGGCUUUCCCCCUGGGCUGGUGAACAUCGUCACAGUCUAUGGCCCAGCGGCAGGAGUGGCCAUCGCCCAGCACAUGGAUAUUGACAAAGUUGCCUUCAUUGGUUCCACCGAGAUGGGCCACCUCAAACAGAUGGCAGCCGGCAAGUCCAACCUAAGAGUCACCCUGGAGCUGGGUAGGAAGAGCCCCAGCAUCAUGUUGGCCAAUGCCGACCUGGGCCAUGCCAUGGAGCAGUGCUACGAAGCCCUCUUCUUCAACAUGGGGCAGUGCUGCUGUGCCAGCCCCCACACCUUCCUUGAGGAAUCCAUUUAUGAUGAGUUUCUUGAGAGAACAGUGGAGAAAGCCAAGCAGAGGAAAGUUGGGAACCCUUCUGAGCUGGAUAUGCAGCAGGGUCCCCAGGUGGACAAGGAGCAGUUUGAGCGCAUCCUGGGCUACAUCCAGCCUGACCAGAAAGAUUGUGCAAAGCGUCUCUGUGGGUGGGAGCGUUUUGGAGAGUGCGGUUUCUUCAUCAAGCCCACGGUCUUUGGUGGUGUGCAGAAUGACGUGAAGAUUGCCAAGGAGGAGAUCUUCAGGCCUGUGCAGCUGCUGUUCAAGUCCAAGAAGGGUGAGGAAGUGAUUGAGACGGACAAUAACACCAUUAGCUUGGCUGCCACCAUGUUCAUCCAGGAUCUGGACAAGGCCGUGUACCUCACCCAGGCACUCCAAGCUGGGACGGUGUGGGUGAACACCUAUAACAUCAUCACCUGCCACACACCAUUCAGAGGCUUCAAGAAAUCUGGCAGUGGAAGGGAGCUGGGGGAGUAUGGGUUUAACGCCUACACAGAGAUGAAGAUAGUCACUAUCAAGGUCCCCCAGAAGAACUCGUAA